AUGCUUGCAGUUCCUACUUUGUUGCUUUUGGGGGCUUCACUCAGCUGGUGCCAAUUCCCUCCCAGGCCAGAAAACACAACUAUCCUGCAAUCGAGAUUCGAUGAGGGCGUUUACCUCUCUUACAAAGAGCCUCACAUCUGCGAGACAACACCCGGAGCCAAGUCGUAUUCAGGUUAUGUGCACCUCCCGGCAGGUGCUCUCGGUGACUUGGGAGAAAAGCAAGACUAUCCAAUUAAUACCUUCUUCUGGUUCUUCGAGGCACGAAAGAAUCCGCAAAAUGCACCAUUGGCAAUCUGGCUCAGCGGAGGCCCGGUGAGCUCUUCGAUGUAUGGCUUGUUCGUUGAAAAUGGUCCAUGUCACGUCAAUCCAGACUCAAAUUCUACCACGUUGAAUCCCUGGUCGUGGAACAACGAGGUGAACAUGUUAUAUAUCGAUCAACCUCUCCAGAUCGGUUUCUCCUACGACAUUCUCCAAAACAUCACAUUGGAUCUUCCAAGUGGAAACGUCUCACUCCUCAGUGACCAAGGCUCGAUUCCAGAACAGAAUAUGACGACCAUGAUUGGAACAUUCUCCAGCAAAAACAGCAACAACACGGCAUUCGGAAGCCCGAGUGGCGCACGAGCUCUAUGGCACUUCGCCCAGACAUGGUUUCAAGAAUUUCCCAGAUAUCGCCCAAAGGAUAAUCGAGUUUCUGUUGCCACAGAGUCUUAUGGAGGCAGAUAUGGACCAUUGUAUGCUGCGUUCUUCGAGGAACAGAACCAGAAGAUUCGAAAUGGGACAUGGACUGCUGGGGAUACGUCGUACAUUAUCAACCUUGACACUCUGCUGAUCAUCAAUGGUUGUAUUGAACGGCAGGUCAUGUGGCCUUCGUAUCCGCACAUUGCUUUCAACAACACCUACGGCAUCAAGACUGUCAAUGAAAGUAUCUACAAUCGGAUGAACGCCGCUUACUAUGGCGAGGAUGGAUGUCGAAACCGCAUUAAACGAUGUUACAACCUCUCCCGCGAGUAUGAUCCCACCCAGCGUGCUCUCAACUCCUCUGUCAAUGCCAUUUGCGCUGAAUCAGAAGAGUACUGCACCAAUAACCUUCGCGAUGCGUGGGUGGAGAUCUCGGGGCGGAGUUGGUGGGACUUUGCUACCUUCGACCCAGAUCCCUUCCCGCCCAACUUCUACAUAGGAUACCUGAACCAGCCACAUAUCCAAUCAGCUCUAGGUGUGCCACUGAAUUUUACGCCUAGUAAUGCUGUUGUGGGAGAUGCCCCCGGACUGCCUGCUUAUCAACCUGAGACAGCGUAUCGCAUCUUCCGUCGUGCGGUAUUCGAUCGCGAUAUCUCCACAGGGAAGAUCAACACCGCCAAAAACGCGACAUACAGCAUGCCGCCGGACGGCCCAAGUGAUACCUGGCAUAUCAAGAACCAGGAUCCGCCCGACCCGAAGUGGGUUUGCUACACCCUGGAUAUGGAAGAGACAUGCACAAAAGAACAGAUUGAGAAACUCGUGAGUGGAGUUGAAGAUUUCGACGUACAAGACUGGGUCCUGGUGGACAAGAACAACUCAAGUUUGUUUCCGGGAAUUGCGACUUGA